UGGAGGAAUCAUGGGAAAAAAUACUAUGAGUGUGAGAAUAAUUUUGGCAAGAAAUCACUCUUCAUUGACACUGAAAGAGCUCAAAAAGGAAAAACAAGCUUUGAAUGUAAUGAAGGUAGGGGAAUCUUUAAGAAACCAAGUCUCUCUCAACAGCAUACAUACACAGAAAAGAAAACCUUUCAAAAUAGUCAUUAUGGGAGUUCUUUUUGGCAUAUAUCAGUUAUCUUUAAACAUCAGCAAACACACAUAAGAGAAAGAUUCUAUAAAUGUAAUGAGUGUGGGAAAACUCUCAGCCACAGUUCAUCUCUCGUGGUACGUAAUAAGAUACACAGAGGGGAGAAACCUUAUGAAUGUAUUGAAUGUGGGAAAACCUUCACAAAUAGGUCAGGCUUUACAGUUCAUCCACAGAUACACACAGGGCAAAAACCCUGUGAAUGUAUUGAACGUAGGGAAGCCUUCAGGUAUAAGUCAGGCCUUACAGUACAUCAGAGAACACACACAGGUGAUAAACCCUAUGAGUGUAGUGAAAGUGGAAAAAAAUUCUGUGAGAAGUCAAAUCUCCAAGUGCAUCAGAGAACUCACACAGGGGAGAAAUCUUAUGAGUGUAAAGACUGUGGAAAAACCUUUGUUUACAGUUCAUUCCUUAUAGUACAUCAAAGGAUAUACACAGGUGUAAGACCCUAUGAAUGUAACAAAUGUGGGAAAAUAUUCUCACAAAAGCCAAACUUCAUUUAUCAUCAGAGAACUCAUACUGGAGAAAGGCCCUAUGAAUGUAAUGACUGUGGGAAGUCUUUCUCAGUGAAGUCAAAACUUAUUGUGCAUCAGAGAACUCACACAGGGGAAAAACCCUAUGAAUGUAAUGAAUGUGGGAAAACCUUUUUCCAGAAGUCGUCUUUUAUAGUACAUCAGAGAACACACACAGGGGAGAAACCAUAUAAAUGUAAUGCAUGUGGGAAAAGUUUUUCCCAGAAGUCAUCCCUUACUGUACAUCAAAAAAGACAUAAAAAAGAGAAGCCAUAUAAAUGUAUUCAAUGCAGCAAAACAUUUAACCAGAAAUCAGCUCUUACUAAGCAUCAAAUAACUCACUCAGGAGAGAAACUUCAUAAAUGUAAUGAAUGUAGCAAAACUUUUUACCACAAGUCAUCCCUCAGAGUACAUCAGAGAACCCACACAGGAGAGAAACCCUACAAAUAUAAUGAAUGUGAGAAGACUUUCUACCAGAAGUCAUCACUCAUAGCACAUCAGAAAACACACCGAAGGCAGAAAUCCUGUGAAUCUACAAAUGUGGAAAGUCUUUUAUCAGAAUUCGUGAAUCUGAGAAAGUACAGAAAGAAGAAGUCUCUGUUAGCAUCUUCUGAAAGUCCAGAAACCUUUUCGUGCUUAACCUACUCAGUUUAAAUUAAAAACAGUGAAGGGGAAAAACUUUGUAAGUAUGAUAAAUAUUUUGCCUGGUAAUAAAGGGCCAUCUUAGUGAGCAGCAGAUAUUUGAUAUUUGAAAUAUCUUAUGAAUAUUUUGAAUAAGUUGUAGCUUUGAAAAUGAUUCAUUUUUGGUUAUACAUCAGAGAUUUUAGCUCACUGAAAAUAUACCAGUUUGGUAAUUGAGACUAAAAACUUCCUCUAGAAAUAUUAUACUAAAAUUCUUGUUUCUGAUAUACAAAAUUUUAUUGAAAAUAUUCAGUUAUAGACGUACUGUGUUUAGGUUGAAUAAAUAUAAAAUACCAAACACAAAUGCAAAGUGUCAUUAGGUUAUGUGAGUGUGCUUUAUUUUUAUUUUAUUUUAUUUUUCUGUAUUUCAGUAAAACUUUACUUACUCAAGUCCAACAGAGCUUAAAGGUUAAUAAAUAAAUAAAUA